CGACUGACUGUGGGGUGGCAGUAGUGAGCAGCACCGUAGUUUGCUUGAUCGUGAAGUGUGAGCCGACGAACCAGUUAAGCAGCCAGAAGCGAAGAUGGCGGUAUCGGUGUUUCCCUGCGUGCGGUUGCGGUCCAUCGGGGACGCGAACGGAGAGAUCCAGCGACACUCCGAGCAACAGCCCCUGAGAUUGGAGGUUAAAAGCACCCCAGACACGGCUCUCCUAAAUCUCUCCAACGGAGAUGAGACCUCAGUCUUUAAGUGUUCGUUGUCCAGGGAAACGGAAUGCAGUCGUGUGGGGAAACAGUCCUUCAUCAUCACGCUGGGCUGCAACAGUGUCCUGCUACAGUUCUCCACACCUGCAGAGUUCAGUUCCUUCUAUAAUAUUCUGAAGAGUUGCCGGGGCCACAAUGCAGAACACUCCGUCUUCAGUGACAGGACGGAAGAGUCCUCUGCCGUGCAAUACUUUCAGUUCUAUGGCUAUCUCUCUCAGCAGCAGAACAUGAUGCAGGACUAUGUUCGGACUGGAACCUACCAACGUGCCAUCCUUCAGAACCACGUUGACUUCAAGGACAAGGUGGUGUUAGAUGUGGGCUGUGGUUCAGGUAUUCUGUCGUUCUUCGCGGCGCAGGCCGGAGCCAGGAAGGUCUACGCUGUGGAGGCCAGCACCAUGGCUCAGCAUGCAGAGGUGCUGGUAAACUCCAACGGUAUGGGGGAUCGUGUGGUGGUGAUAGCAGGGAAGGUGGAGGAGAUCUCUCUACCAGAGCAGGUGGACAUCAUCAUCUCUGAACCCAUGGGAUACAUGCUCUUCAACGAGAGAAUGCUAGAGAGUUACCUACACGCCAAGAAGUUCUUAAAGCCUAACGGUAACAUGUUCCCCACGUUAGGCGACGUCCACCUGGCUCCCUUCACAGACGAACAGUUAUACAUGGAACAGUUCACCAAGGCCAACUUCUGGUAUCAGCCAUCGUUCCAUGGUGUUGAUCUGUCAUCAUUGAGAGAAGCUGCAGUAGAUGAGUAUUUCAGACAACCCAUAGUGGACACCUUUGAUAUCCGUAUCCUGAUGUCCAAGUCUGUCAAAUACACCGUCAACUUUCUGGACGCGAAAGAGGGGGAUCUGCACAGGAUGGAGAUUCCCUUUAAGUUCCACAUGAUGACAUCAGGUCUGGUCCAUGGUCUGGCCUUCUGGUUCGACGUGGCUUUCAUCGGCUCAGCGGUGACAGUGUGGCUCUCCACUUCCCCUACAGAGCCUCUAACCCACUGGUACCAGGUCCGCUGUCUGCUCCAGUCCCCUCUCUUCACCAAGGCAGGAGACACCCUCUCCGGCACCGCAACGCUCAUCGCCAACAAGAGACAGAGCUAUGACAUCAGCAUGGUGGCCCAGGUGGACCAGACAGGAAGCAAGUCAAGCAACCUGCUGGAUCUCAAGAACCCAUUCUUCAGGUACACAGGCAGCACGUCAGCCCCGCCCCCAGGCUCUCACUACUCCUCCCCCUCAGAGAACAUGUGGAACAAUGGAGGAGUCUACAGCAUGAACCAGGGUACACACCCACACACACUGCAUGAAUCAGGAGGGAUGCCUGCAGCGUAUGACCUCAGUACAGUCAUUGGUGGCAUGGGCUCCACAGUGUCUCACAACAAUCUCAUCCCUCUUGUGAACACAGGGGUAGUGAACCAUACAUCUUCUAGAGUUGGGUCUAUCAUGAGUACAGGAGUGGGCCAGGGAGCGGUGACUGGCCAAUCAGGGCCCGGCAACAGUCCUCACUACCCAAUCAACAACAACAGCCAGUUCACCAUGGGCGGGCCUUCCAUCUCCAUGGCGUCUCCCAUGGCGAUCCCUAGCAAUACAAUGCACUAUGGGAGCUAAGUCCUCCCAACCUCUUAUCUCCUGUCCCCCUCCUUCCUCCACUUCUCUGGACUUCCAACAGCUGGAAGGAAACCAAAACGGACUGAUAAUUGGACGUCCCUCACUCCUCCAUUCAUCCCUCCAUUCUUUCAUUCCUGAUCUCUCAGGCCCGGUCCGGAAUCAACUAGACACUGAAAGGAUUGGAUAGGUUUAGCGUUGUAGAAUUCCCACAUUUUCUGAUUUCCUACUUAUUCCCACUUGAUUGCAACCGUGGAUAGGUUUAAGUAAUGUUGGCUAAACAUCUCCUUUCGUCCCAACACAUUCUGAGGCUGACUAAAAGGUGUGUGCUUGUAACCAUUAUGUUUAUGUAUCCACAGCCCACAUAGAAACAUUUAUAAGGAUCCUAUGUACUUACUGUUGCUAUAGGGGUUUUAGAAACUUACACACACACACACACACACAGCCUCCUGCAGGACAGAAUGGACAUUGAGCUUCUGUGAAGUUUUGCCAAUCACUCCCCUCUUCCCCAGCCCGUCGCUUUUGACGGAACGUCCCGAUCGAUAAAUUCUUGAAUCCUGAUCUUUCACCCCAGGUUACCGAUUCAACCGACCAAUCAAAGCAAACGGUCUGAGUGUCUAGCCGACCGGCAGCUGCAAGGGAGAGAGGGUGAUCCAGGUUUUAGCCAAUCGGGACACAAGAUUGUCUCUAGGUUGGGGUUUGUAGUAGCUUUAGACUAGCCAGGGGUUCGGUUCUGUAGGGUGCAUCGCUGCUGAUAGAAAUGCAACACUACUAUGUCUGUCAUGUUAAAAAAGGAAUAAUGUCACCUUACUGAAUAGGGCCCCUGUUAUAUGGUGUUUAGGGUAUAAUAUUUUAGCUGUUUAACAAGUGUUUAGCGGGAACUGUGAGAGACUUCGUGCAACGUCCUAGGAUGUCCCAAAUGGCACCAUAUUCCCUAGUGUACUAUUUUGGAUCAGGUCCGUUAGGGCUCUGGUCAAAAGUAGUACGCUAUAUAGGGUAUAGACAGUCUCCCGGCAGACACAACAUGUAAAGUGUUGGUCCCAUGUUUCAUGAGCUGAAAUAAAAGAUUCCAGCAAUUUUCCAUAAGCACAAAA